AUGUCUCAUGAUUCUGGAGAAGAGAACAUUGACCCGGUUCUACAAGAAGAGAUUGAUGAUGGUCCGACAGCUUCUUCAGUUGGUGGGAAGAGAAGACGAACUCAGGCUGCAACUUCUACUGUACCGUCUCAACCGAGGAAAAAGCCAGCUCAUAGAUCUCCGGUUUGGGAGCAUUUUGUUCAGCAAGCACAUGAUCAGGCCCUCGCCAACUGUCGGUACUGUGGUCAAGCUCUAGGAUGUGACACAGUGAUUCAUGGAACAAGUGCAAUGAAGAAUCACAUUAGUAGGUGUAAGUUGUACAAGAUGCAUCUAGAGAGUGGUACUCAGAGUGUGUUGGCUGGUGAUAGCAGUGGUGUAAUGACUGCAAUCAAGUAUGAUCAAGCUUUGUUCAGAAGGAAGACAGCCACAUCAGAUAUAUACAGUAUGUUUCUGAGAGAGAAAGGAGCUUUGAAGGAUCUGUUUGGUAAGGAGAAGCAGAGAGUGUCUAUGACAACCGAUAUAUGGGUAGCUCCCACGACUUCUUGUAGCUACAUGGUGGUAACAGCUCACUGGAUUGACAGAGAUUGGAAGUUGCAGAAGAGGAUCAUCAGUUUUAAGCCAGUGACAGAUCACAAAGGUGAUACAAUUGCUGAGUACUUGGUAGCCUGUCUUGAAGAAUGGGGAAUUGAGAAGGUCUUCACAGUAACAGUGGAUAACGCUAAGGGGAAUGACAAGGCUCUAAGGGUAUUCACUGAUGCUUUGAUCAUGAGAGGACCUGAUUCUUUAGUUAGUAAUGCACAAAGGAGUAUAGUGUCCAUCAGAAAUGCGAUUAAGUAUGUGAGAUCAUCAGGUGAUCGGUUGAAAUCAUUUAUGUUGAGGGUCGACACAGGAAACGUAGGUAGAGGUAGUUUGUGUCUCGAUGUUGCUACUAGGUGGAAUUCAACCUAUCUAAUGCUGACAGCCGCAAUCAAGUUCUGGGUUGCAUUUGAGAAGAUGUUGGCUGAAGACAAGUUGUAUAACGACUACUUCAUGGAGACUGAAGAGAAUAGUGAGGAGAAUGGUGAUGAAGCUGAAUUCCCAAGGCAGAAGCAUGUUGGUCCUCCUACUUUUGCUGAUUGGGAUCAAGCGCAGAGGUUAGUUAAGUUCUUGAAGAUCUUUUACAACUGCACUUUGUCUUUUUCAGCCAGCAAAUCAGUGACCUCUACUGUUUGUUAUAAUGAGAUUGUGACGAUUGAGAGGAAUCUUAUCAAUCUAAGCACCAACGGUGAUGUGCUACUAAAGACAGAGGCGAUGAUGAUGAGGAGUAAGUUUGAAAAAUAUUGGGAUGGUCUCCUAAACAUGAAUCCAGUUGUCAUCAUCGCAAGUGUGUUUGAUCCCAGAAACAAGAUGCAGUUUGCUGGUCUUUGCUUCGACAAGCUUUAUGGAAAAGUUAGUGUCGAAAGUACUCUUCUAAGAACAUCAAUUAAGGGUGUGAUGAAGAAGAUGUAUGCAGAGUAUGUGAUGAAGUUGAGCGUAAGUGAACAAGUUGUACCAACUACUGGUGGAGUCGUAGCUGAUGCUGGAGUACCAGCAAGUGAUUUGNAGUGUCGAAAGUACUCAUCUAAGAUCAUCAAUUAA